AUGGCAUCGUAUCCAUCAGCAGGCCGACCGGCGCAAUCAUUACCGCAAGCGGGAGCCGCCAAACCGCCUGUUAAGCAAGAGCCAGGCGGCGCAGCAGCAGGCGGAGCGGCGGGAGCCGCAGGCCCCGCGGGGGGAGCUGGCGGAAGCGCUUCUGCUUCCGCCUCCGCGAAGAAGGCGCUUCCGCCAGCCGCGUGCAGCGGGUGCGGAGCGGCGGGGGGAGACCUUUCGCAGAGCGAGUGCGGACACAUGUCGCUCUGUAACGCGUGCGGACGGAGCAUGGCUGAGAAGCAAGCCACGUGUCAGCAGUGCGGCGCGGUUGUGGAUAAGCUAGUUAAAGAGUUCCUAGUCCGCGUUAAGCCGGCCAAGGCCAAGGCGCGCACGCGACCACUGCUACUAGAGGACGACACGGGCCAGGCGUCGUAUGUGGGGCACAUGGAGGGUGGGUGGCAGCAUUCGGCAUAUUAUCUGCUGGUCAUGCACGGCAAGGAGUUUGUUGCCAUCCCAGCUAGCCAGUGGUACGCCUUUGGAAAGCAAGCCCAGUACAAGACGCUAACCCUAGAAGAAGCAGAGCUGUGCAUGCAAUCGAAACGGCGUAAGGCCGACGGGUUUCGAAAGUGGCUCACCAAGGAAGAAUCCGAGAAGCUUCUGGCCGGGGGAGGGAAGGAAGGGGGCGGUGGGGGGAGGGGAGGAGGGAGGAAGAAGGGAGGGCUGGAUGAUGGGUUAGGGUCGGAUGAUGAAGGGAUGGGGGGGGAUAUGGAGGACGGGGAGGGGAGGAAGAGAGGGCAGGGGAAGAAGGGCGGGGAUGAGGAGGAUGAUGCAGUGCCAAAGGAAGAGUUUGAAUUGGAGAUGGAUGGGGAUAAAGGUGAGCGGGUCUUGACAUGUGUGGCACUGAGGAUGAAAACGUAUGUGAUGGCACGGAGGCUAUUGAGGAAGAAGGGAGGGGGUGAUGAGGAUGAUGAAUUGCCCAAGGAAGAGCUUGAAUUGGAGAUGGAUGGGGAUAAAGGAGAGGACUGGGAGCAUGAUGAGCUGUUUUCAGAUGAUGACGAGGCAACGGCGAUGCAGCCAGAGGACAAGGAGGAUGAGAAGGAGCAGGAGAGGAGCCUGGCUAAAGAGGUGAGCCUGAGAGCUGCGUUUGAGGUGACUGGGAAAUGUGAUGAUAAGGUUGAGGAGAAGGAGCCGGAAAGAGUCAGUCAGGCUAAAGAGGAGCUCUGCUAUAGAGGAGUCUCUGGGUGUCUGCGUGCGUGUGCUGCUGAGGCGACGGCAGUGCAGCCUGGGGACAAGGAGGACGAGAAGGAGCAGGAGAGGGGUCCGUCUAAAGAGGAGGAGGUGGAGGAAGAGGAGGAGGAGGAGGGCGAGGGGCAGGAGGAAGGGGAGGGGAUAUCACUGAGCCAUUCAGGCAAGGCACUAAAGAAACUGUUGCAUAAGGCUGGGGUGGAAGGGGAGGAGGGGGUGGGAGCGAGGGGAAUCGGGGGAGCAGGAGAGGAGGAGGAUGGGGAAGACGACGAAGAGGAUUUAGAUAUCGCCUUCUCGCCUAUUUUCCAGAAGGGGAAGGGGGCUGGAGCAGCGGCGGGCGGGCAGGGGGCGGGAGGCGGGAAGGGGGACGGGGGGGCAGCAGCAGCUUCUGUGGCUGCUGGUGCUGCUGCUGCGCUCAGUGCUGCUGCUGCAGCAGCGGCGGCGGCAGCAGGGAGGGGGCUGAAGCGAAAGGACCUGGAGAAGGGUUCAACUGGGGGAGGUGCAUCUGGAGCAGGGGCAGCAGGGGCAAAGAAGGGGAAGGUGGAACCAGGGAAACGAACCCCUCCUCUGCCUGCGAAGCGGGAACCAGGGGCGGGUGGAGCGGCAGUAGGCAGGCCAGGGGGAGGUACAUCUGGGGGAGGUGCAUCUGGGGCAGCGGCAGGGCCGAAGCCGACAGCGGUGACAGAGGAGGCGGUGAAGGGGAUUCUGAGGCAGGCUCCUAUCAAGAGUGCCGAUCUGGUGAACCGCUUCCGAUCAUGCCUCAAGACUGCAGAGGAUAAGAAGCGAUUCCAGGAGAUUAUCAAGAGGGUGGGCAAGAUUCAGGCAGUGAACGGAGAGAAGUUCAUCGUGCUCCGUUGA